GCGCACCGGGGCGAAGGGUAAAAUGGCGGCGCCCAUGAGCGAGGGGUCUGGAGCUGCUCCCUACGGGAAUUUCCCGAAUUACUCCCGUUUCCACCCGCCCGAGGGACGAGUCAGCCUCCUGCCUCCAGGGCUCCUGCGGACUUUGUUCCCCGCGGCCGCCCGCCCGCUGCUGGGCCUCGAUGUGGGCUGCAACUCGGGGGAGCUCAGCGUGGCCCUGUACAAACAUCUCCUGGGGCUUCAGGAGAGCCAGGGCAACCCCGACCAACCCGGAAGGGAUCUGAACCUCCUGUGCUGUGACAUUGACCCCAUGCUGAUCCAGAGGGCUCAGCAGUGCAGUCCCUUCCCUGGCUCCAUAUCCUUUGCCCACUUGGACAUCAUGGACUGCAGGGCCCGGGAGCUUUUCCUCGGCUCCCACCUGCACCGCUUCGGCCGCUCCUCCUUUGACAUCGGGUUCUGCAUGUCCGUGACCAUGUGGAUCCACCUGAAUCAUGGGGACAGGGGGCUGAGGGAGUUCCUCUCCUUCCUCUCCUCCCUCUGCAGGUACCUCCUGCUGGAACCUCAGCCCUGGAAGUGCUACAGAGCGGCCGCGCGGCGCCUGCGCAGGUUGGGCCGCAGCGACUUCGAUCACUUCCGCUCCCUGGGGAUCAGUGGGGACAUGGUGCAGAGGAUAACCCAGAUCCUGACAGAGGAUUGUGCCAUGGAGCUGGUGUGCUGCUUUGGGAGCACCAGCUGGGACAGGAGGCUCCUGCUUUUUAAAUCAAACGGCGAGGGCAGGGGGUGCUCAGGAGAGGAGCAGUGACUGAGGAAAGGCCUCGGAUCCCUGAGUUCAUAGGCAAGGAGGUGCUUGCUCCUUGGUCUAGAAGUUCAUAGAAUCAUAGAAUUGGCUGGGUUGGAAGGUACCUCAGAGAUCAUCAGGUCCAACCCUUGAUCCACUACUGCUGCAGUUACUAGACUGUGGCACUGAGUGCCACAUCCAGUCUCUAAUUCCUAAAUCCCUCCUGGGGUCAGGCCUCUAGAGAGCCUGAGGCAAGUAACUUCUAUGUGGUUCUGGGUUUUUUUUCUGUUUUUCUUUCACAGAAUCACAGAAUGUCAGAGGUUGGAAGGGACCUGGAGAGCUCAUUGACUCCAACCCCCCUGCCAGGGCAGGAUCACCAGGGGUAGGACAGACAGGAACUUGUCCAGGUGAGGUUUGAAUCUCUCCAGAGAAGGAGACUCCACAGCCUCACCAGGCAGCCUGUGCCAGGGCUCUGUCACCAUCACAGUGAAAAAGCUUUUUCUUGUAUUUACAUGGAACCUCCUGUGCUCCAGCUUCCACCCAUUGCCCCCUGUCCUUGGCCUGGCUCCAGCCUCCUGACACUUGCCCUUUACAAAUCCAUAGCACAUUAAUGAGGUCACCCUCACAUUAAUGAGGUCUUCUCCUCUUCUCCAAGCUGCAGAGACCCUCAGCUCCCUCAGCCUUUCCUCACUAGGAGAUGUUCCACUCCUUCAGCAUCUCUGUGCCUCUGCUCUGGACUCUCUCCAGCAGUUCCCUGUUCUUUUUGGAACUGAGGGGCCCCAGAACUGGACACAGUAUUCCAGAUGUGGCCUCACCAGGGCAGACCAGAGGGGGAAGAGAACCUCUCCUGACCUUCUAAUGUCCCCCAGGUGCCAUUUGCCUUGGCCACAGGGGCUCAUUGUGACUCCUGGUCACUGGGACAGCCACCUGCAAAAUGUGGUGGCAGUUUUAACCAGCCUUGUGAAUUCUGAGAUCCCUGUGCCUAGAAAGUGCUCUUGAAAUCAAAAUUCCUACAUCUGUGUUGUCUGUAUGUACCAAGAACAGCCUGGAAGAACAGAGAACAUGGUUUGGUUUGGUUUGGUUUGGUUUGAUUUGGGGUUUUUUUUGUCCCUGGACUUUCUCAAGGAAAAGGGAACCUUUCUGUGGAGCAAUGCAGUGCACUGUUUGUUCUGCUGCUUGUCAUGUCUGAACAAAAGGCUCUUGGGAAACACAAAAUGUGGUUUAACAAGUGAGUUGGAGCACUGCAGGGGUUGUCUGAUCAACAGGAUGCCCAGGGAGGUGGGAGAUGUCCCAUCCCUGGGAACCCUUGAGAUCAGGUUGGAGGGUUUGGACCUUUCAAGGUCCCCUCCAACCCAGACUAUUUUUAUAUUCUUUGGUCAGGCUGUGACCCAGGCAGCUCUGCAGAGGGAGCUUGUCUGGAGUGUGUUUUGGAGGUUUGGAGGUGGUGUCAGCUCUCUGUGGAGAGAGAGGUGUGUUUAUUUAUGUGUCUGUCAGAGUGAGGGCUUUUUGUAAUAAUGUCCUUGAAAUAAAAAUAAUUUU